GAAGGCGAGAAGUGAGGUUAUGGUGCAUAUGUCAGAUGGUGUGUGAGUGAAACUUUUCACGGGAAGAGAGGAAAAAAGUUAAAAAUAGCACAAAUAUGAAUAAAUUUAUUUGUUUAUUGUGAAGAGAUACAUAGGGGAGAAAACAUGAAUCACAUUGGGACAAAAGAGAAGAAUAACUUCACCAGUUAUUUGGCGGAAUAUCAGACUGAUCAGGACAGCGGUGGGGAUGCGGACGCGAGCCUAAAGCCGAAACUCCUGCACGGAGAGCUGGAAGUGGCACGCGCCACUCAGGUUGUCCUACAUCCUCCAGUGACGAAUAAGAAUGACUCCAGUGCCGGAAAGAUGGGGCUCCUUGUGGUCACGAACUUCAAGUUGUCUUUCAUCUCUGUUGAGGAUUCACAAAGUGCUAAUUUUGUUUACCAAGAAAACAUCUUUCUGGGGAAGAACGACGUGACUCUGUCCAAUAUCGACCUGAUCUACCAGGUGGUGGAUAAGAAGAAGAAAAUUGUGAGUCCUCAGGUGAAGAUCAGCUCGAAAAUUGACUAUCUCCUCGUAAUUUGCAAGAACUUCCGGAUGCUAAGGUUUGGCUUCAAGGAGUCCAAAGCCGGAAGUGGAAAACACAUUGCGGAUGCCUUACUAAGAUUUGCAUUUCCUACGCAGCAUAAUUUAAUAUUUUCAUACAGAUACAAAGAAAAGUAUUACAACACCAUCCGGAACGUGGCGAUGUUCAACAAAAAGUCUGACUGGGUGUCUGAGCUGCAUCGCUGUGGUGCUAGUACAAAGGAUUGGCGAGUGCUGUACAUAGACGGCCAGCAGAAGUUGCCGGACGGCUCGAUGCCCGCGAGCUACGUAAUACCCAAAGACAUCACCGAUGAGGACUACUUCCAGGCAGCAGAGACGUUCUGCGACAAACGGAACGCCGUGUGGGUGUACCAGUACGAGCGGGCGUCGCUCAUCAGGAUGGCAGAGCUGAGAGACAAGACCAAUAGCCGGGUGGAGAAUCUGGUGUUUGAGCGCGUGAGAGCGUGCCAUCCGACGAAGAGGCAGCCCCACAUCAUGGAUCUCACAAAGCCUACCCUCGAGGCCAUCGGCAGCAGCUACAGGAAGCUGCGACAGCUGUGCACACCCGACAGCCCCAAGAGCUUCUCUGAUCAGGAUGACAAGUUCCUCAAGCACCUGGAGGCCUCCUCAUGGCUCCUCCACGUAUCGCAUUGCCUUAGCUACGCCCAGGAAGUGGCGGAACGCAUGAAGAAUGGAGAGACGGUGAUUCUGCAGGAGAACGAGGGUCGAGACAUGUGCUGUGUCAUCUCCAGCCUCACGCAAAUCAUCCUGGACGCGUACGUGCGCACGAUAAACGGCUUCCAGUCGCUGGUGCAGAAGGAGUGGGUGGCCCUGGGGCAUCCCUUCAGUACUCGCCUUGGGCAUGUAAAUAGCGCGGACACGGAGGAUUGCCCCCUCUUCCUGCUCUUCCUCGAUUGCACUUGGCAGCUCCUGCAGCAGUAUCCACAGGAUUUUGAGUUCACCGAGACGUACUUGACCACGCUGUGGGAUGCCGCCUUCAUGCCCCUCUUCGACACAUUCCAGUUCAAUUCGGAGCGCGAGCGACUCGUGGCGCGCAACGAGGGACUCAUUCUUCGAUCCGUGUGGGAUUGGGGUGAACAGUUUGCCGACAAGGACAUCGUCUACUUCUCGAAUCCCUGCUACCGUCGACCUGUCGUGGAGCCGUCCCGGCGAUCUGUCGUGCUGCCUGCCUCAGCCGUGCCGCUGCCCAUCAUUGGGGCGCCGGACUAUCAUCCGGUGCAGCCACUGACGGGCGGCGCGUGCUCCAGAGCCAGCAUCAUGCCAGUCGAUUCCGCGGACACGCGUAUAAUCCUCAGUCCGCAGUGCUCAGUCAAGUGGCUGGACAUAUGGGUGCAGUGCUACUAUCGGUGGCUGCCCAUUGUUGAGAUCCCCAAUGGUGGGACGCCGCAGGUGGAGCUCUUCCAUCGCGUCAUACUCAGCAAUGUAAGCAAGCUGCAGCAGGCCCUCCAGACGCGCGACUUCGACGAGCUGCCACAACAUCAAAACGGCACGGAGCGCACGGGACCGAAUUUGCCUGCCGUCAACUCCUUCUUCCCCUUCAGCCGCACCAAGUCCGAUUCCACAGAGCUCACCGAAAUCCUCAUCGCCAGCAAUCACGCCCUCGUGGACGGCUCCAUCUUCGAUGCCAUCUCGCAGGCUCACAUUGAGUAGCUGUCCAACAGGAGCAGCG